AUGCAGGCUUCCGCCAUUCGAAACCACGCUGCAAGCCGGAUACACCAGGUGGCCGUGGCAGCAUACUAUUCGCCAGGAGGCCAGCCAGAAGAGCUGCUCCUGCAGAACACGGAAGAUCAGGGCCUGCUCCAAGGCCAUGUGCCGCAGCUCAGUGACCUGCUGCGAGUCCAGACAUUUUUGCUGAACCCGGUGAGCUAUUAUGCGAUGGCCAAUAUUACUCUCACUGAAACCUUCCUGGCAGGGGUUCGGCAGGAGGUCUCCCGCAGAGCAGCAUCCAGCAUAGUCCGGAUUUACUGCGGUGUCAUCAGGAAGCAGAAGAUAGCUGUUUUGGAGAAGGCCACCACGGUCUUUUUGUCCUUUGACGAGAAAUGUCCUGCCCUUGUGAUCCGCUACAGCGACGUCUUGGGUCGGCAUCAAUGCGGUGUGCUGGCCGCAUGGUCUGCUGGCCUCCCUUCUCUUGCGUCGAUGGAGACGGACAGGUCUCAAGUGAAGAGUGCCUCUCAGCAGCAAGUGGUGAAUGGCCUGUCCAGUGACUUUGUAAUGCCAAGACGCUGUUGUGCUCAUGCUGACCGGUCUGUGUGCAAAUGGAAGGAAGAGAUCCUGGCCGCUGUGCGGGAUUUCUACACUGGCCUUGAUGGCGUUUUGCAGGAACAGAAGAUGCUGGCCUUUCUAGGGAAAAUCCGGGGGGCAGCCGUGGAUGGUGCGAGCGCCAUGCCAAAAGUUGCGGGUCUCUUGAGAUCACACUGCCCUGCGAUGGCCUUUCACUUCAGAGACCGAGCACACGCGGUGAGGAGCCAGGUUUAG